UUCGGUUUGCUUUGUUUGACUGACAGAGAGACGACGUUUGAGCACACAAUUUGGGACGACGAAAGACAACUCAAUCAACUAUCAUCGUUCUCCCCUCAUCAUCGUAUUUCUAGAAUUCUUUCGUUUUGCUUUUCACCAAGAAGACGACGGACUUGUUGCAGGAGGAAGAAGAAGAACAGAGGCGGAUUAUAUGUUGUUGGAGUUGAGGGGAGAUGAGUAAGCGCCCUGCUACUUCUGGUGCUUCUGCUUCUGCUUCUGCUUCUGUUUCUGCUUCUGCUUCUUCUCGUACUUCCUUGUUAACCAAGAUCAAGAAUGCUACCUGCCUCAAUUCGUCUCCGUCGGAUCCUGGCAAAGGUGGAAAAGGGAGAAGUAAGUCAUCUAGUAACAAAGUUUCUCAUGGAUUCCACUUAGUGGAAGGUCAGUCUGGUCAUGACAUGGAAGACUACCAUGUUGCUGAAUACCGGAAGAAAAAGAAUCAUGUGCUUGGAUUAUUUGCUAUUUUUGAUGGUCACCUUGGGGAUCGUGUUCCUAGUUAUUUGAAAGAGCAUCUUUUCAACAACAUACUUGAAGAGCCAAAUUUCUGGAACGACCCUGCGACAGCAAUAAGGAAUGCAUACCGCUCCACAGAUAAGUUUAUAUUGGAAAACUCUAUGCAAUUAGGGCCUGGUGGCUCAACCGCAGUUACUGCAAUUGUCAUUGAUGGCAAAGACUUGUGGGUGGCAAAUAUUGGUGAUUCAAGAGCUGUAGUGUGUGAGAGGGGCAGUGCCAAUCAAAUUACGGUGGACCAUGAACCACACACUGAACGGAAAAGGAUAGAGAAGCAAGGUGGUUUUGUAACCACUCUUCCCGGAGAUGUACCUAGGGUUAAUGGGCAACUUGCAGUUGCACGUGCUUUUGGAGAUCAAAGCCUUAAAGCUCAUUUGAGUUCAGAGCCUGAUAUAAGACAUGUACCCAUAGAUUCAACAAUUGAGUUUGUUAUACUGGCAAGCGACGGGCUGUGGAAGGUUAUGAAGAAUCAAGAGGCAGUUGAUUUGGUGAAAACCAUAAAAGAUCCCCAAGCUGCAGCUAAGCGUUUAACAUCAGAAGCAUUGGCAAGAAAAAGCAAAGAUGAUAUAUCAUGCAUUGUGAUUCGUUUCGGUUGAUGCUGUGAAAACAACAGAAGCUUUACUUACCUGAUCAGUUAUUUUUUUUUUUGCAUUAUAGGAAAAAUAUAUAGAGUAGCAUUUGCUUCAUAUGUUUGUAAAGAUUUGUAAGGUUUGAGCAAGUUGGAAAAGUGGGGUGAUGCAUUUUUCAAGUUAGUGAUCCGUGAUGCCCUGGUUCAGCCUGUGGAUUGGGGUCCAUGCAGUUAAUGAGGGGUAAGUCUUUCAUCAGAUGAAGGAUUGUGAAUCUUAAACAAGAGAGUGAUUUUAAUCAGCUGUGUAUACAAAUGUGGAGGGUAAAUAAGAUAUGACUGGAUAUAGUUCUCCUGAUACAAAGUAGGUCUUUUGACAUUUGUGAA